UGCCAGCCCAAUGGGCUGAUGCUCAGCCUGUGCAGGACCCUCCAACAGCUCCGGCCCCCUGGGAAGCCCCUGGCCCUGGGCAAUGCCCCACCAUGGUCCCAUGACAGCAAAGGGCAGCCCAGCACCCUGACCCUGUCCUCGACCUGUAUCAGGAGGUGCCACCGGGGUGGCCUUAUACACUUUCUCCUCGUGGUGCUCGCCCAUGGCUCAGGUUCCCUGGUCCAGGCAGCGCUGACUCAGCCGCCCUCGGUGUCGGCGAACCUGGGAGAAACCGUCCAGAUCACCUGCUCGGGGGUUAGCAGCAGCUAUGUUGGCUGGUACCAGCAGAAGGUCCCUGGCACUGCCCCUGUCACUGUCAUCUAUGAUAGCACCAAGAGACCCUCAGACAUCCCUUCGCGAUUCUCUGGAUCUGCAUCUGGCACCACGGCCACAUUAACCAUCACUGGGGUCCAAGCCGAGGAUGAGGCUGUCUACUACUGUGGUGGCAGGGACAGCAGCAGCAGUGGCUAUGGUUCCCUGGUCCAGGCAGCGCUGACUCAGCCGCCCUCGGUGUCAGCGAACCUGAGAGAAACCGUCCAGAUCACCUGCUCGGGGCUUAGCAGCAGCAGCAGGGCUUAUGGCUGCCAGCAGAAGGUCCCUGGCACUGCCCCUGUCACUGUCAUCUACGGUAGUACCAGCAGACCCUCAGGCAUCCCUUCGCGAUUCUCUGGAACCCGGUCCGGCUCCACGGCCACGUUAACCAUCACUGGGGUCCAAGCCGAGGAUGAGGCUGUCUAUUACUGUGGUGGCAGGGACAGCAGCAGCAGUGGCUAUGGUGUCCAUUGA